ACUGUCCCCUCAGUGUCCCCCCAUGUCCCCCCCCGUGUCCCCCCCGUUAAUUGGUGCCACUCCGGAUUAGCGGUGGCCAAUGUCACCGCUGUCCCCCCGGAUUAGGGGUGACAUCACCGCCCCCUACUUAAGGCUCCCCCCGCCGCGGGGGUGCCUCCCCUGCCACCGCCGCUGUCACCGUGCCACCGGCGUGCCACCAGCGCCGUGCCACCGGUGUGCCACCAGCACCGUGCCACCAGCGCCGUGCCACCAGCGCCACUGUCACCGUGCCACCAGCGCCGUGCCACCAGCGCCACUGUCACCGUGCCACCAGCGUGCCACCAGCGCCGUGCCACCAGCGCCGCUGUCACCGUGCCACCAGCGCAGCCCCGCCAUGAUGUCCUACCUGAAGCAGGGGCACUUCGGCGUCAGCGGGCUGGGCCUGGAGCUGCUGCCCCCCCCCGUGGGGUACCCGGGGACCCCCCGGAAGCAGCGGCGGGAGCGCACCACCUUCACGCGGGCGCAGCUGGACGUGCUGGAGGCGCUCUUCGCCAAGACGCGCUACCCCGACAUCUUCAUGCGCGAGGAGGUGGCGCUGAAAAUCAACCUGCCCGAGUCCCGCGUGCAGGUCUGGUUCAAGAACCGCCGCGCCAAGUGCCGCCAGCAGCAGGCCCAGGGCUCGGGCCCCCCCAAACCGCGACCACCCCCCAAAAAGAAGAGCUCCCCACCCCGCGACCCCCCCCCGGAGCCGCCCCCGGGCCCCUUCACGCCCCCCCCGGCCCCGCCCGUCUCCAUCUGGAGCCCCGCGGCGCUGUCGCCGCUGCCGCUGCCGGAGCUCCCGGGGGCUCCUCCGCCCUUCCGCGCCUUCCCCGCCCCGGGGGGCUUCGCCCAGACCUACCCCGGCUACUUCGGGGGGCUGGAGCCCUUCCUGCCGCCCCCGGCCGGGGGGCUGAGCCCCCUGGGCCCCCCGGCCGCGCUCGGCCUGGCCGCGGCCCCCGCGGCCUUCGGGGCCGGCCCCGCGCUGGGCUUCGAGUGCCUGGAGCUGAAGGAGCCCGGCGGCGGCUGGAGGGGCAACCUCGGCCCCGCAGAGUGCCUGGAGCUCAAGGAGCAGAGCAGCUGGAAGUUCCAGGUCUUGUAGCUCAUUAACGCCCGCAGCGGUAAUUAAUUAACUCCUGGGACUUGCAUCGGUAAUCAGUUCUGGAUCACGGAUCGGUAAUCAAUUCCUGAGCAGAGCAGCGGGAAGUUCCAGGUCUUCUAGGUCAUUAAUGCCCGCAGCGGUAAUUAAUUAACUCCUGGGACUUGCACCAGUAAUCAGUUCUGGAUCGCGGAUCGGUAAUCAGUUCUGGAUCGCGGAUUGUUAAUGAGUUCUGGAUCACAGAUCGGUAAUCAAUUCCUGAGCAGAGCAGCUGGAAGUUCCAGGUCUUGUAGCUCAUUAACGCCCGCAGCGGUCAUUAAUUAACUCCUGGGACUUGCAUCGGUAAUCAGUUCUGGAUCACGGAUCGGUAAUCAAUUCCUGGGACUCAGAUCGGUAAUCAAUUCUGGAUCACAGAUCGGUAAUCAAUUCCUGAGCAGAGCAGCUGGAAGUUCCAGGUCUUGUAGGUCAUUAAUGCCCGCAGCGGUAAUUAAUUAACUCCUGGGACUUGCAUCGGUAAUCAGUUCUGGAUCGCGGAUUGGUAAUCAAUUCUGGAUCGCGGAUCGGUAAUCAAUUCCUGAGCAGAGCACGGGAAGUUCCAGGUGUUGUAGGUCAUUAAUGCCCGCAGCGGUAAUUAACUCCUGGGACUUGCAUCGCUAAUCAGUUCUGGAUUGCGGAUUGGUAAUCAAUUCCUGGGACUCGGAUCGGUAAUCAAUUCCUGGGACUCGGAUCGGUAAUCAAUUCCUGAGCAGAGCACGGGAAGUUCCAGGUCUUGUAGUUCAUUAAUGCCCACAGCGGUAAUUAAUUAAUUCCUGGGACUUGCAUCGGUAAUCAGUUCUGGAUUGCGGAUCGGUAAUCAAUUCUGGAUCACAGAUUGUUAAUCAAUUCCUGGGACUUGCAUCAGUAAUCAAUUCCUGGGACUCAGAUUGGUAAUCAAUUCCUGAGCAGAGCACCGGGAAGUUCCAGGCGUUGUAGUUCAUUAAUUAAUUCCCAGAGUGGUAAUUAAUUUCUGGAACUUGCAUCGUUAAUCAGUUCUGGAUUGUGGAUCAGUAAUCAAUUCCUGGGGCUCAGAUCAUUAAUUGGGACUCGGAUCGUUAAUCAAUUCCUGAGCAGAGCACGGGAAGUUCCAGGUGUUGUGGGGCCCGGGGGCCUGCAGUUAAUUAAUUAAUUCCCGGAGCGUUAAUUAAUUCCUGGGACUUGGAGCGUUCAUCAGUUCUGGAUCGUGGAUUGGUAAUUAAUUCCCAGGACUCGGGUCAUUAAUCAAUUCUGGAUCGUGGAUCGUUAAUCAAUUCCCGGGACUCGCAUCAUUGAUCAGCUCUGGAUCACCAAUUGUUAAUUAAUUCUGGAUCGCCGGUCGUUAAUUAGUUCUGGAUCAUGGAUUGUUAAUCAAUUCCCGGUACUUGGAUCCUUCAUUAAUUCCCGGGAUUGUUAAUUAAUUCUGGAUCGCCGAUCGUUAAUUAGUUCUGGAUCACCGAUUGUUAAGCAAUUCCUGGGACUCGCAUUGUUAUUUAAUUCUGGGUCGCCGAUCAUUAAUUAGUUCUGGAUUGCCGAUCGUUAAUCAAUUCUCGGGACUCGCAUCCUUAAUUAAAUCUGGAUCGCGAAUCGUUAAUUAA